ACUCUCUCCACUCUCUGUCGUCACCUCCCUCUCUUAUAUCUUCUCUCUAAGAUCUCUCCCAAAAAAUGGCUGACACUGGAGUUGUCACCGUCUACGGUAACGGCGCCAUCUAUGAAACAACUAAAAAGUCUCCCUUUUCCGUCAAGGUGGGCCUGGCCCAAAUGCUGCGUGGCGGCGUUAUUAUGGACGUCGUCACCCCUGAACAGGCCCGUAUCGCUGAAGAAGCCGGCGCCUGUGCCGUCAUGGCCCUCGAGCGCGUUCCAGCUGAUAUCCGUGCUCAGGGAGGCGUGGCCCGGAUGUCGGACCCACAACUCAUUAAGCAAAUCAAAAACAGUGUCACCAUCCCUGUCAUGGCCAAGGCGCGUAUCGGCCACUUCGUUGAAGCGCAGAUUCUGGAAGCCAUCGGAGUUGACUACGUUGACGAAAGCGAAGUUUUGACUCCGGCUGAUGAAGAUAACCACAUCAACAAACAUAAUUUCAGGGUUCCGUUUGUGUGCGGGUGCCGAAAUUUGGGGGAGUCGUUGCGGCGGAUCCGCGAGGGCGCGGCCAUGAUUCGGACGAAGGGAGAGGCGGGGACAGGGAACAUCGUGGAGGCGGUGAGACACGUGAGGUCGGUGAUGGGCGAAAUCAGGGUUUUACGGAACAUGGACGAUGACGAGGUGUUUACGUUCGCCAAACAAAUCGCAGCACCGUACGAUUUGGUGAUGCAGACGAAGCAGCUGGGGCGGCUGCCGGUGGUGCAAUUCGCUGCGGGGGGAGUGGCGACGCCUGCGGAUGCAGCGUUGAUGAUGCAGUUAGGGUGCGACGGAGUGUUUGUCGGGUCGGGUGUGUUUAAGAGCGGGGACCCCGUUAGGAGAGCUAGAGCAAUUGUGCAAGCAGUUACAAAUUACAGUGACCCGGAUAUUUUGGCAGACGUGAGCUGUGGACUGGGUGAGGCUAUGGUUGGUAUCAAUUUGAAUGACGGUAAGGUUGAGAGGUAUGCUAAUCGCUCUGAGUGAAGCUUCAAAGGGAAGUUUUUUGGAGUUGUUUUGUUUUGUUUGCUUUAGAUAAACCUAAGUUUUGCACUUUAUUAAUUGAGUUAUUUCUUCCUUUCAAUAAUAAUAUGAUGGUGGUUUGAUA